AUGGCACCAUCAUUCGAGCAGCUAGACCCGGAGACCGAGUACGAGGAUGGCGAGGAGGAUAUCGACUACUCUGACCUCCGAGAACAGUACGAUGUGCGAAUGGAGGAGGGACUGGACACAUUCAUCGUUAUUGACGGCCUGCCGAAAGUCCCCCCGGGCAGCAAGGAAAAGCUCGUCAAAUUCCUGCUGCGAAAGCUCACAUCUGUCGGCAAGACCAAGGAGGAGAAUGUGUACAUGCCCAUGAACGAGGCAGGUGAUAUGAGUGAAGGGUUCGCCUUUGUGGAGUACGAGACAUCCGCUCAAGCAGCCGCGGCGGUGAAGGCUCUGCAUGCGACCGCACUCGACAAGAAGCACACCAUCGCUGUCAACAAGCUCACCGACAUUGAGAGAUAUGGCCGUGAAGGAAGAAUUGACGAGACGUACAAAGCGCCUGAGAUCCCACCAUUCGAGGAGAAGGAACACUUGAGGUGGUGGCUUGGUGAUGGCGAGGGCCGCGACCAGUAUGUCAUGUUCCAUGGCGAGCAUGUCGGUGUCUUUUGGAACGAAACCAGCGCUUCACCACAGCAAGUCAUCGAGCGAGACCACUGGACCGAAUCGUUUGUGCAGUGGUCGCCGAAAGGUACCUACCUCACAUCGAUGCACGCCCAAGGUGUCCAGCUCUGGGGCGGGCCAAAUUGGUCAAAGCAAAAGCGGUUCAUGCACCCUGGCGUCAACCUUGUGGACUUCUCUCCCGACGAGCGAUACAUGACUACAUGGUCGCACCGCCCGAUGGUGGUCGAAGAAGGCAACCCUGUUCUCUCACUCGAAGAAGACGGCAAGAACUACAUCAUCUGGGACGUCGCCACCAACAAGCCUCUCCGUUCUUUUGUGACUCUCGACGUACCCGGCCCUACAGUAGACGCAGAAGGCAACCAGAUCAAGAAGAAGAUUCAAUGGCCGGCGUUCAAGUGGAGUGCGGACGCCAAGUAUGUCGCGCGUAUGACCCAAGGCCAGAGCAUUAGCGUCUACGAACUGCCACGCAUGAACCUCAUGGACAAGACAUCGAUCAAGAUUGAAGGCGUCAUGGACUUCGAGUGGUGCCCUGCUAACCCUCACCGUGACAACCGGAAAGAGUAUGAACAGCUCUUCUGCUACUGGACCCCAGAACUAGGAUCUAAUCCAGCCAAGGUCGGUCUCAUGAGCAUUCCAAGCAAGGAAGUUGUCCGCACACGCAACCUGUUCAACGUCUCCGAUGCGAAGCUCCACUGGCAGUCCGAUUCCUCCUACGUCUGCGUCAAGGUGGAUCGCCACUCGAAGAGCAAGAAGACCAUGGCCACCAACCUUGAGAUCUUCCGAGUGCGUGAGAAGGGUGUGCCUGUGGAAGUCGUCGACCAACUUGAUGGUACUGUCAUCAAUUUUGCUUGGGAGCCACAUGGUGAUCGCUUUGUUCUCAUCACGGCUGGUGAAGUUCCGCAAGGCUCUGCCGUACCUCCGAAGACUGCAGUGUCGUUCUUCUGCCCCGAAAAGGCGAAGGGCAACACUGUCGGUAACUUCAAGCUCAUCCGGACGGUGGACAAGAAGAACAACAACGCCAUUCAUUGGUCGCCGAACGGCAGGUUCGUGGUUGUGGCGACGGUGCUGAACUCGCAAUCUUACGACAUGGACUUCUGGGACUUUGACUUUGAGGGCGAGAAGGAGGAGAAGGACAGGGAUCUGACGGCCAACCUGCAACUCAUGGCAACAGCGGAUCACUAUGGUGUCACGGACAUCGAGUGGGAUCCUUCUGGACGUUUCGUUGCCAGCAGUGCGUCGGUGUGGAAGCACAGGGUCGAAAACGGCUACCACCUCCACACCUUCUCGGGCACCGUCCUCCGCGAAGAGCCACUCGAAGGCUUCAAACAAUGGGCCUGGCGCCCGCGCCCCGAGCGUCUCCUCAGCAAAGACGAGAUGAAGAACGUGCGCAAGAACCUGCGCGAGUACAGCAAGCAGUUCGACGAGAUCGACCAGGCGAAGAAGUCUUCGGCCAACAAGGCGGUCGUCGAAGCGCGCAGGAGGAUGCUAGACGAGUGGUUGGCGUGGCGCGAGCGGAUGCAGGCGGAUUUGGCGGAGGAGAGGGAGGAUCUGGGUCUGCCGGAUUUGAGCGAGGAGCAGCAGGCACUGAUGGUGGAUGAGGAGGAUGAAGGGGAUGCCGGGCGGGAGGUGGAGGAGGUGUUUGAGGAGAUUUUGGAUGAGAGUGAGGAGAUUCUUGACUAG